AUGAGUUCAAGAUAUGUCUUUAAGAACAUCCGUUACGCUGCGCCACCGGUAGGAGACUUGCGCUGGAAGAAACCCGCUCCGCCUCUGAAGCAGACGGGGACUCAAGACGGGAGUGUUGGCCAUUCUUGCGUACAGGCCGCUCCCAAUGGGUUGAAUCUACUGGGUGCUGGAAACCAGUCCCCCGUUGGUGGGGCUAUCAACCAAUUUUUGGGCGGUAUCCCCGUGCCUCUCUUUAGCGGAGGGAGUGAGGAUUGCUUGUUUCUCGACGUAUACGUCCCCGGAAAGGCAGUGCGGAACCUGGCGUCGAAACUGCCUGUUUUGGCUUUCAUAUACGGGGGCGCGUAUGUGUUUGGAAGCAAGGAUGCUCUACAGCCAGAGCUUCCGCUUUAUGAUGGAAGUGGAAUGAUGGGCCAGUCCGGGAAUAACAUGAUUUUCGUUGCAAUGAAUUACAGAGUUGGGGCAUAUGGAUUUUUGGCAGGAACUACGAUGGAGAAGGAAGGGACGCCUAAUGCUGGGCUCUGGGACCAGCGAGCUGCGUUGCAAUGGAUCCAAGACCAUAUCUCCCUCUUCAAAGGCGAUGCGACUCGAGUCACCGUCAUGGGCCAGUCGGCCGGAGCAGGCAGUAUCAUGCACCAUUUGGUGGGCCAAGGCGGCAAACUCGACCCUCUCUUCUCCAAGGCCAUCCUGCUAUCCCCAGCCUUUGAGUACAUGUGGGACCGCGCGGGCGGCGUCCAAAAGACCUUUGAGAGUUUCGCAAGUCUCGCCGGCUGUUCAGAGAAAGGAAUCACCUGUCUCCGCACCGCCGACGCGACCACUCUCGCCAAGGCCAACGCAGAACUCAUGAAGCAGCAAUACUCGGGCACCUUCGCCGUUGGCCCAACCCCCGACGGUAACCUGAUCCGUCAACUACCCGUGCUAGAACUCAGCACGGGCAACUUCUGGAACGUUGAGUCUCUAAUCCUCUCGCACACCACCGCCGAGCCGGUCGUCUUCGUGAGCGGCCAAGUCCAAACUAACGACCAGUUCUCGACAUUCAUCAACGCCAUUUUCCCUAAUUACACCCGCAUCGCCGGCGUCACUGACAAUAUCGCCUCCUUCUACCCACCCGUGGGGGACAUCGGCAGUACCUCCAAGUACAAGACCCAAGCCGACCGCGUCCAAGCCCUCCUCCGCGAUAGUAGCUUCACUUGCAACGUGCGACAUCUCACCGAAGCCAUCGGCGACUCUCAAGUCUGGAACCUGCAGUACGGCGUGUCGCCCGGCUGGCACGGGACGGACCUCAUCCCGACCUUCUUCAACCCCAAACUCUCGCCCGACACUUUCCUCUCGGGCCUGGCGGCAUUAGUGGUGCCUGUCGUUGGGCCGCUGGUGGCGGGUAUAAGCACGGCGUUGCAGAGUUAUUUCACGAGCUAUGUUACUACGGGGGAUCCUAAUACGAAUCGGAAGGUGCUAAACAUUCCGCCUACGGUAAAGUGGAAUCAUCCUGAUAGCAAGGGGGAGCGGAUCGCGGGCGUCGUGAAUGUGGGGAACUUGGGGUUUACUACAGGGAGCGAUGAUAAGAAUGAGAAGACAGCUUGUGAAUUUUGGAGGGAGGUCGCGGCUGCGGUAACGAAUUUGGGAGGGUAUGCGCCGCCGGGGGCGGUGGUCGGACAGGGGUUGGUCGCUCAGGAGGGUGAUGCGAGUGAGAAGUAUCAGGGAGGAAAUCAGAGUUGA